AUGGGGAAAGUAAAUAAAAAACUUAAUAUAGCUAAUAAGCCAAAAACUCGAAAAGAAAAUGAUAAAAAUUGUCUUUUUGUAAAAGGUGGUAAAACAUCAGAGACUGUUAAUAAUAUUAUGAAAGAAUUAAUGUUACUUAAAAAACCUUUAACUACCCAAAUGAAGAGGCACAAUGCUUUUCAUCCAUUUGAAAAUGAAACAGGAUUAACAGAAUUUUCUCAGAAAUUUGAUACUUCACUUUUUGUUUUUGGUAGUAGCACUAAAAAAAGACCCUCCUGUAUAACUGUUGGUAGAAUGUUUGAUCAUAAUCUUCUUGAUAUGGUAGAAUUAAAUGUAACUAAAUUUGUUUCAUCAAAUGAAUUUAAAGCACCUAGACCAACAUUAGGAACUAAACCAUGCAUUAUAUUACAAGGAACAGAAUUUGAGAAUGAUGAGACAAUGACUAGAAUUGGUAAUCUUUUUGUAGAUUUAUUUAAAGGACCUUCAGUAUCUCAGGUACGUCUUCAGGGUCUUGAAACAGUUAUUCAAAUAACAGCUGUUGGAAAAAAUAUUUUAUUCCGUGUUUACAAAACAAUCCUCCUUAAAUCAGGAACCAAAACACCAAGAGUAGAAUUAAUUGAAGUUGGACCAAGUAUAGAUUUUCAAUUGAAUAGAGACAAAUUAGCUUCUGCCAGUCUCUGGAAAGAUGCUCUUAAGGUACCAAAAGAACUUACUGUUAAACCUAAAAAGAAUACAGAUACUGAUGUCUUUGGAACUAAGUUGGCUCGCGUUCAUGUUGGUAAGCAACAUAUUAAUACAAUUCAAACUAGAAAAUUGAAAGCAUUAAAAAGAACUAAACCUCAGGGAGAUCCUAAAAAAAGUAACAACAGUAAUAAGAGAGUUAAAGUUUAA